AACUGAAAUUAGUAGGCCAAGCUUUUGGUCGUACCAGCAGAAUGAAUUUUAAACAAGCUGUUUUCCUUGUAAUAGCAAUUUCAUACUGUUUUUCAGCAUCACAUGAACACAGAACUCCAAGGCUUUCUCUGCUGCGAGGAGGCUUAAGAAAAAGAUUUAUAAACAAACCAACAACAAUUUCCGGAAGCUUCACAGAAUAUUUUUAUGAUCAAACACUAGAUCAUUUCAACUACAAUCCCCAAAGUUAUACUACCUUCAAACAGAAGUAUUUCAUGGAUUUUACACAUUGGGACGGUCCACAAACAAAUGCGCCCAUAUUUGCCUUCCUGGGAGCCGAGGCAGCACUCGGUCCUGACCCAAGGAUUGGUUUUAUGACGGAAAAGGCACCUCUUUUCGGAGCACUUCAAGUUUAUAUCGAGCAUCGAUAUUAUGGUGAAUCCAAUCCGUUGGGAUCAAUAAAAAAGUCUCUGGAAAAUACUACAAUUCGUGGUUAUUUUAACUCAGCUCAAGCCUUGGCAGAUUACGCUGAACUCUUGGUUUACCUCAAAAACAAUUUAUCGGCUCAUAAUUCCCCGAUCAUUGUUGUUGGUGCAUCAUAUGGAGGCGAGCUCGCUGCAUGGUUUAGGCUAAAAUAUCCCCACAUAGCGUAUGGUGCACUGGCCUCAUCGGCUCCCAUUCUUUACUUUGACGACAUUACCCCACAAGAUGCUUAUUAUUCUACCGUUUCAAAAGAUUUCAGGGAUGUGAGUGAAAGCUGUUACAAAAUGAUACAAAAUUCAUGGUCAGAAAUUGAUAAAAUAGCUUCAGAACCCCAUGGCCUUGCACUCCUCAGCAACAAAUUCAAUACUUGCAGGCAGCUGAAAGAUUCUGAUGAACUGAAAGACGACUUAAGCUAUUGGUAUGCUGCUGCAGCUCAAUAUGACGCUCCACCAACAUAUCCAGUAAGCCAAGUGUGCGGAGGCAUUGAUGGAGCACCAAACGGGACAGACAUACUCGGACGCAUAUUUAUUGGUAUCUCUGCAAUUUGGGAGGAUAAAAAAUGCCAUAACUUAAUACAAGAUACUGUAGAUGAAACAUCCCAAGGGUGGCAUUGGCAAUCUUGCAGUGAGAUUGUGAUUCCCUUUGCCUAUGGCGACAAUACCAUGUUCCCACAAUCAAAUUUCAGUCUAAGUGAUUACUUAGAAAAUUGCAGACAUAGUUUUGGCGUAGAGCCUCGGCCUCACUGGAUAACCACAUAUUAUGGAGGCCAGGAAAUUAAAUUAGUACUCGAGAAGUUUGCGAGCAACAUCAUUUUUUCCAAUGGCUUACGAGAUCCUUACAGCAGGGGCGGGGUAUUGCAAAACAUAUCUCAUAGUUUAGUUGCCGUUGUCACAGCUGAUGGUUCACACUGCUUAGACAUUGUUUCAACCCGACCAGAUGAUCCUGAAUGGCUGCUGAAUCAACGAAAGACGGUGGUUCGCAUUAUUAAAGGAUGGAUCAAUGAAUAUUAUGCCACUCUCAACGCUACCCACAAAGUAACAUUAUGAUUUAGCUAGUACUAAUUUUUUCCAUUGUAAAAGUUAUGUUUGUCUAGAAAUAAAAUCCUAUGAUUUAAUGAAUACUGUAAUACAAGCCA